UUAAAAAAGUGUUGUUUGAUUACUGUCUUGUCUUCUAGAAAUAACAAAAUUUAGUAGUGUCAGUUUUAUCACAAUUAUUACCAUCCAUCCUACUAACAUAAUCUUGGACUGUUGUAUCAAAAUUUAAGCUAUGAGCGCUAAGGGUACCCAAGUCCAAGCCAAAGUCAAGGAAUCUUCAACUAAACCUGGACUAUGUCCGUUCUUAUGUAACCUAGUUCCCAAAAAUGUACCUGGCCCUGGAGUAGCACAGUCCGUCUUGCACCCGAGAAAGGAUGUAUUUCUAUUAAAGGUAGCAAAAGUGGGCCCUAAUGGUGACCGUCGAUGCAAGAUGGAGCUAGAACUGGUGACACCCAAAGGUCCCGAUAAGAGAAGCCCAUAUCGUUACGAUACUCGGGAGACUCAAUGCGAACCGGAAUCGACGCCUUGCUGCUGUAUAAAACAAAAGAAGAAGAAAAAAAUGUAAAAGAUUUAACAACAAGAGUAAUAUAUACGAUACAAUUUUAUUCAAUUAUUUGGGCUAUUUUCAUUCAUUUUCAUAUUGCAUUUCCUAAGGGUUUUGUUAUGAUUAUCUUUAUA